AUGACUUACCCCAGACUGGACAGAUUUUCCAGUAUCCGGAUCCCUGGCAGUAAAAAGGAACGGCCACCCCUCUCCCACAUGUCAAAACAUUCCUCUUCUGGUGACUGGUCCACUUCCUCUGAAUUUGAGGAGCUUUCUUCAAAGAUUACAUCAGAGAAGGAAAUCCUUGCCCUCUUUGAGAAAAUGAUGGAGGAUAUGAAUCUUAAUGAAGAGAAGAAAGCACCUCUCAGAGAGAAGGACCUGAGCACAAAAAGGGAGAUGGUCCUUCAGUACAUCAUCACAGCUGCAAAAACUGGUAGUUUGAGGAGCAGCAGUCAGAUCUCUCCUCAGGAGUUUCUGAGUGAACUGAAAUGUGGUGCCACCGAUGAGAGACUGUUUGCCUGUUUGGACUCCCUCAGAGUGUCACUUACUAGCAACCCAGUCAGGUACUAA